AAACAACGCAAACACGUCGGUAGAAUAAUAAGGAAAAAUGGCAAAUGGCGAAAUAAUUUGAAUGCCAGUUCAAAUAAAUAUUUUUGAGGAAUUUGCGGUAGCUGGUUAAAUGCGGGCUGGAAAUAAUGUGUGAUGCGGACGGUAUGUGAUGGCGAGCAAGGAAGGAACUGGCCAUCAGCAACAGUUUGUUGAAGAAAUUGACUACAAUGAAAUCGAAACACAGGAGGUUGUGGGUAAAGGCUCUUUUGGAGUCGUAUGGAAGGGACGCUGGAGAGGUCAAUAUGUGGCGGUGAAACACAUAAACUCGGAAGGAGAGAGAAAGGCAUUUACUGUAGAAGUGCGCCAACUUUCCAGAGUCACACACCCGAAUAUAGUCAAGCUUUAUGGUGCAUGUACCAAGAAUCCAGUUUGUUUAGUAAUGGAGUACGCAGAAGGAGGAUCUCUAUAUAACGUGCUGCACUGUAAUCCGCAGCCUAACUACUCAGCAGGCCAUGCCAUGAGUUGGGCGCUUCAAUGUGCGAAAGGUGUUGCUUAUCUCCACAAUAUGAAACCAAAGCCAUUAAUUCAUAGGGAUCUGAAGCCUCCUAAUCUUCUACUUAUCUUGGGUGGUCAAACUCUCAAAAUCUGUGAUUUUGGAACAGCCUGCGAUCUGAAUACGUACAUGACUAAUAACAAAGGUUCCGCUGCUUGGAUGGCACCUGAAGUCUUCGAAGGAUCUCGUUACACAGAAAAAUGUGACGUAUUCAGUUGGGGUGUUAUCUUAUGGGAAGUUUUAUCACGGAGAAAACCCUUUGACGACAUCGGUGGAUCUGCAUACAGAAUCAUGUGGGCUGUACACAUAGGACAGAGGCCUCCAUUGAUGGAGGGAUGCCCAAAACCAAUAGAAGACCUGAUGACUCGGUGUUGGAAGAAGAUUCCUGAAGAAAGGCCAUCGAUGGAUGAGGUAGUUAGGAUAAUGACCUCUUUAUCGGAGUUCUUCAGUGGUCGAUUGGAUCCUGUAGAAUACACGUUAAGCAGUGAGGUGGACGAGGAUGACGGUUGUGAUGAUACUCUGGAUAUGCCAAGUACAUUAGACUCGCAAGUAAAUGGGUCUGUCAGUAACGGAACUAAUCAAACACCUACCCCUAUGGACAGUCAAAUAAUGUCCGAAAUUCAGUUUUCACAUCCUGACGUAGACUCAUUAGAAUCCCAGGUACCACAGACUGAUUUUAAUACAGGGUACCUCACACCUAGACUGAAUCAAGCUGGAACUCCAUUUCUUGGUCUUCAGAAUAAUCCUAGGCCUACUUCACAAAUCAGUGGAAAGACAGAAGUCACACCACAAAGACCACCUAGGGGUAUACCUGUUGUUCAAAGAAAUCGACCGCUCCCUGUUUCAAAUUACCAUUCGGUGCCAUUACAAGUUGAAUGUGACUCGAAUGCUUGGGAGAUGAGUUCGAAUGACUCUUCGUGGGAGAUUCGAAACAUGGCUGGCUUAGACAAGAUGGUUCCAAAGACAAACAAAACUGCUCAAGGGAGCAGCACAACGAGCGAGGAUUUGGAGAAUAUCUAUCGACUAUUAGAUGCAGAAUUGAGACCACUGACUCCAGAUUACACGUGUCAGCAAUCAAGAGAGAUCUUUGAGGAACACAAGCAACUUGCUCAAGAAUAUCUAAAAGUUCAGACUGAAAUCGCGCUGCUAGGACAGCACAAAAACGAAAUGCUUAAAAACCUCAGCCUUGACAGUGUUCGACAGCAACAACAAUUACGCGAGUUGGAAGACGAAAAGGAAUCUUUGGUGAAAUUAUAUUGGAGUCUGAAGACGCAGUUACAAAUCAUGAAAGGCCAUCGAGGAGGUAAUCCCGGAGCUUCGCCAGCAGCUAUGGGCUCUGCCGUUUCAGGGGAGGAUGGUUGGGUAGUUGUACCACGCCAAGACCCCCCCAGACUCUCUUGAAAAUGUGUACUCUUGGAAAGGGGCACCACCAUAUGACAAAACAUGUUUUUGCUACAUAUUUUUAUCACCAUUCAAGAUCACAGAGAGUGAUUGUUUCAUUUAUCCGAGUCCAGGCAAUAUGAACUGAAUUCGGAAGGCCUGAGCAGUGAUCUCCUAUUUCCUCAAACAUAUGUUAUUCGAUAUGAACUCCAGUGCCUGAUUCUUGGUACGAAGGAGUGUAACUAUUACACUUAAUUUGAAAGACGUAUUGAACAUGACACAAUAUGGCCUAAAUCAGUCCCAUUGAUGAGUUGAUGUAUAGAGAAAUGUUGGACCUAUUCAAAUUCUACAGUACUACAGUGAAGAAUCAGAUACAAUAAUUGUCAUACAUUUAUGCAAUUCAGCAAAAAUUAACACCUAUUUAUUUGUACUUUUACCUGACCUACAAGAAACUUCGAACUAAAAGGUUUUCUGAGGUCCUUUUUAAUAUUUGUCAACGACCCAAGUUAUCUAAUGAGGUAUGUCAUGCUUUGAUAUAAUCGGACGAAUCAACAUUUAUGCUGGUACUUAUAAAUAAAUACUUUCCAUAAUUUUGAAACUUAUGUUAUACCUAUCGCUGAUUAUAAAAUCAUGUCUAAAACCUAAGUUGGUGGAAAAAAUAGUACCUUUAAGAAAUCAUUGUAUCAUAGAAAAUAGAGAUGAUGCGAUAUAUUGCGACAACUUUAUGGGUGAUGAAAAAAGUUUAUUAAUGAUGGUACGUACGUACAUUCUUUAUAAUUACGUCCUCUAGUUAUAUUUAUAAGGUCGAUUACACUGAGUCGAAGAUAGUUGUGAAUAAUUUUAGUAAGUGGUAAGAAAUAUACAUACAAUAGGAUUUAAACAGUUUGUAAGUCAUUAUAUUUUUAAAAAAAGAUUUACACAUAUAGGUAAUAAAAAAAUUACUCUGCACAUAUUUGAUUAGUGAAGAUUAUGGCUGUGCUCGAAAUGGUGUCUGCGACAAUUUCUGGCGAUAUCAGUCAGAAGUGACCGUUGAAGUGUAUUAAAUUGUUCCAUAAUGUCUUCUACGAAUUAAUUACACCCUAAAAAUCUCUGUGAUUAGUAAUAUGUAAUGUCUGAAAAUCUGUUCCUAUGUCUAUAAGUUUUUUACUGGUAAUAUUUUCCCAAGUAUCAACUCAAUCAAUGCCCCAACUUGGGGGAUUGAAUAAUUAGAAGUUUGUUAUUUUUGUUCAGUGACAUAAUUGAUCAUGGGAAUUAAAUAUAGCUUACUGACAAACAUUUCGUGCACAGUCGGUAAGAACAACUUCUAAUGCUUAUGACUGUUCUGUACUUUAGUAAUGACGAUGAUUUGUAACUGAAACAAUAUGUACUCUAGUCGAAUGUUACAAAUAAUCAAACAAAUGCAACUAAUGUAACUGAAUUCACGUUACUAGAAAAUACCUAAAGUGCUGAACGGUAAAUGUGUAUAACGUUUCAGUGUACGAAACUAUGUGACAUGAAUGCUUGGUGCAAUUGAUUAUGAUCCCUCUAAUGUCCAAGAUAUAGUUACACAAAUUAUUUGGCUCGAGACACCGUUUAUGAAGAAUUUGCCCGAUUCCACAUCAUAUUACAAAGUGAUUGAUAAUCAACCUCGCGAGUUUUAUGUACAUACAUACAUAUGUAUGUACUACAUAAUCUGUAGUCCCUCUUCUUAUUUACUCGACACAAGUGUCUAAUAGCUUGUGGCAAUAGUUGGAAAAUUUUAUUGAAAAUGUGAUUCAUGCAUAUUGUAUGUCUUCAAUUAAACACAUUGUUGUAAGUAAUUCAUAUUCGAAAUCGAAAUUUGCAAUGUAGAUAGAUACGUAAAUGUCAAAGAUCUUGCACAGUUUCUUUACACUGAAGCAAAUGCUCCAAUUCUCAAAAAAUGUGUCCAAAACAGAAAAUACUUGUUUCAUGAAAGUGGGAAGAGUGGCCUUUAUCAGAGUGAAUAUAUUUGUUUUACAAUCUGCACAUAAAUGAGCUAGUUGACAAAGCUAAAACCUACAGUGGUUUUGUAAAUUGAUCUACAUAUAUGUAUAUUUUCUCUGUUGUAUCAAUACCUUUGUAUGAACACGGUGUAAGAUCGGUGAAAAAUUAAUCUUACUCGUUGAUGUGCAAUGCGAAAUUGGGCAGGUACAUCUGCAACUCCCUGUAUUUCCCUCAGAUUCUGGAAGAGAGAAUACCAAAAUGAUUAUAUUAUUUUUGGAUAAAAUAUACCGAUUCAGCAGCUACCAUUGCUCGUAUAUGAACAUAUUUGGCUCAAUUAUCUUAUCCUCUUCAAUCUUUAAGAAGAAAUCAACCUUGAUCAGAUAAUACACGAUUCGCAAUUUAAAGAUCAGCUAGCACUAGCUUUUUGAAUUUUUUGCUGCUAUUUUAGACAGAUAUGACUCGCAUUGCUAAAAAAAAGAACUAUUCAAUUACCCUGUAAUUACUUAUUUAUAAUCAGUUAUUUUGUUAAUAUAAAAGAUGCAUUUCAUGUACUCUUGUGAUGUAUAAUUUAUAAGAACACCUUUACAAAUAGAUGUUACUCGUUAGAUGAGUCUUUCAAUAA